UGAUAGUAAUUAUCUACAUUCUACUUUGUAUAUUAAGGGGGUAUAAGCAGCCGCCGGAGUAUUUUGGGCGUUCAUUCUGCUAUUUUUGCUUACUACGCUGCUUCUCAAUUCUCACAGUUUAACAUUUUACAUCGCCUUCAUCAGAUCUGAUUCUAUGAAGUGCAGCUCCUUUGUUGUGCAAGGAAAUGCUUCGUGCCUCUGAUAUAGGUCGUUUACUUUAAGAUCCAUAUUGCAGAGAAGUGCACGUGCUUACUUCAUCAGGCGUCGAAAUUAUCUAGUGAUGUGGACAAAUGUGUUCAAGAUCGGUGGUUUACAUCAAAUAUCUUGGUUUCAGUUUCUUCCUCAUGAAUCUGAUGUUAACUCUCUAGUGGACAAGAGGGUGAAACCGGAUAAGAAAGACGCUGCCACAUGGCUCGUGCUCUCAUCGCAUCUACAAUUGCAGAAGGAAGGAUUUCUCAGCACAUGGACCAAUUCUUUUGUUGGACCUUGGGACCCAUCUCAGGGUCUUUACAACCCUGAUGAGAAGAUCAAGCUCUGGCUUUUUUUCCCUGGGCAACAUUCAUCUGUUGUUGAAAAGGCACAGUCAGCUAUAUCCAAAUUGAGAGUUCUGGCAUCAGGUCUCUGGGUGGCACCUGGAGAUUCAGAAGAGGUUGCUGCUGCGCUAUCUCAGGCCUUAAGGAACUGCAUGGAAAGAACACUCAGGGGACUUUCAUAUGUUAGAUACGGAGAUGUAUUUACAAAAUACCGUCCAUUUUCACAGAAUGAAGAGUUGUUCAGGAAGGGGCAACCAGUGGUUGAGUUCGUAUUUGCUGCUACCGAAGAGGCUAUCUUUGUCCACGUUAUUAUAUCUGCAAAGCAUAUACGAGCACUUUCAAGUGGUGACAUUGAUAAAAUAUCAGAGAAUACAUCUAAUGUCUCUGUCGAGGGGCUUCCAGUUAUUGUCUCACCUCAUGGAAUGCGUGGGAGGCUAACUGGAUGUUGCCCAGCUGAUCUUGUGAAACAAGUGUAUCUCAGUUCUGGCAAGUUUAGCGCUUCAAAUGGUAUUGUUGGGCUACCAUGCAAUGUUUCUCAAUCUAGUUAUCAGCUUAAGGGACAGAAUUGCUAUGUUGAAGUUAACCUUGGUUCCACUGCACCGGGAAACAACAAUAUACAAGAAAGUUUGAACAUACAAAAUAAUUCAUCAAGGCCUACCAUGACAGAAGCCUCUGCAGUGGCCAAUUUUGUUCAGAGUAAAAUACCAGAUAACUGUGGAAGAGUGCUUAUUUACCCGCCCGAGGCCGUUCUUGUCCCAGUGGUGCAAACAGCAUGUGCUAGAUCAUCUCUGAAAAGAUUUUGGCUGCAGAACUGGAUUGGGCCCUCAUUGUCCUUUACAUCCUCCUUUAUGCAUUGUUUUGAUUUUCAUUGCGAUGCCAAAGUCAAUUCGGUGGAUGGUUCUUGGCUUGAUGCAAAUGUCAUACGCUCUAAUCGGCGUUAUAACAGUAGCAGUAACAGCAAUAGUAGUAGUGUUAGCAGCAUAAGUACCUCUUCUAGUGAUAGUGAUUACAAGACCUCAGGAACUGGUGAUCUUGAAGCAGAUGCUGAUUCUUUGAUGUGUAGGCAGUCUGGAUUAUCUUCUUUGGAUCGAUCUCAAAAUGACAAUCUUAAGACGGGCUUUAAGAGGUCGCGAGCUGGAAUUUCUGAGUCAUUUAGUCAGGGAGGAGCAGUGAUCAAUCCAUCAACAAGUGAUUAUGCCUCAAUGGAUGCUAAUAAUUCUGCAAUUACUGAAGGAAGCGAUCAGAUUGGGCUUCAGUGGGGUUGGGAUGAUGAUGAUAGAAAUGCAGGGAUGGAUAUUCAGGCACUUCUCUCAGAGUUUGGAGAUUUUGGUGACUUCUUUGAGAAUGAUGCUUUGCCAUUUGGAGAGCCUCCAGGAACUGCAGAGGCUCAGGCUCUUAUGUUUCCUGCAGCAGAUAGUGUGGAUGUUAGUAGCAGCCCCUGUCCUUCGAUGAUGGAUGUGCAAGAUCAAAUUCUUUUGCCAGUAGGUUUUUCAUCCUUUGAUAGCUUUAAUCAACCACCACCCCCAGCAAUUCUGGAUUCACUGAGCAAACAUCAGGAAGUUAUAAAAAGUGCUGCAGUUACUAAUCAAGUAAAUAGUGCUUCAGCAUCUAUUGCUGGUGAAUUCAAUCACUUAAUUAAAGCUGAAGCUCUCAUGUCAUUUGCUCCCGAGUAUGGAGCAGUUGAAACCCCUACAGGGGAGAGCUCCCAUUCGAUUUUCAGGAAUCCCUAUGUUCCGAAGUCUCGGGAAGUGGAGACUGCGAAUUCAAGCUCAAACAGCUAUUUCUACUCAGCAACCCCACCUUUGUCGCCUUGCUUUGAUGCAUGUGAGGAGAAGUCCAGUGUGACUGUAAACCUCAAAACAGGUACCGGGAGGCAUGAUACAAGCUCCAUUGUUCAAUCAAAGAAAUAUUACACUCAUAUUGAAAGUGGAAAAGAGAAAAAUGACGAUAAGGUAUCUGUUUAUAUACGUAGUUGUGCUACACGUGAGACUCAAGUAGCACAGUCUCCGUUUUCUGGUUUUAAUUCGACAAACUCUGUUAAAUAUAUCCACAAUAAAACCGAUAAAGCCAGUGAAGGGCUACUAAAAGCAGGCAGCUCUGGUCAAUCAAUAAAACCUGUGCUAGCAACAGAAGUUGAAUGCCUUAUGUGCCAGGCAUUUAUGUGUAAGAUACGGCAUACACUAUUAUCUUCAAGCGGCUGCCUUCCUGUAGGCAUGAGCAGGAUGUCAGGGAGUACCAAUAGAAACCAGUCACAAGGUGAAGCAGUGGUCACUGUGGACAAUAUGUCAAGCAAAUCUGAGAUGAAGAAAGAAAUAAUACCAGUUAGGAUAGCUGGUGAUAUUGAUGGAGGAUUACUGGAUGGGACUCUUAAUGCGCCAGUUGGUGUGUGGCGCACUGUUGGAGUUUCUAAGGGAACGAAGCAACCAACAACUGGUCUAGAAUCUUGCCACUCUGUUCAGCAUAAUUCUUUCAUUGAGGAUAGUAUGCUAGCUUAUGGGCUAAGGCAACCGCUUCAGGAACUCCUAGAUGGGAUGACUUUACUUGUGCAGCAAGCUACAUCUUUUGUUGAUGUUGCACUAGAUGCCGAUAGCAAUGAUGGAUCUUAUGGUUGGCUCGCACUGCAGGAGCAGUGGAGGCGUGGCUUUUCAUGUCGACCAUCCAUGGUUCAUGCAGGUUGUGGGGGAGUAUUGGCUUCCUGUCAUUCACUGGAUAUUGCUGGUGUGGAGCUUAUUGAUCCACUUUCAGCUGAUGUUCAGGCAUCAUUUACCCUCACUCUGCUGCAGAAUGAUAUAAAAGCAGCUCUGAAAUCUGCUUUCAGUACAAUGGAAGGUCCUUUAUCUGUUGUUGAUUGGUGCAAAGGUCGCAGUCAAUCAAAUGAUGGGGGAAUAUCUGGUGAUGGUUUUUCUGCAGAGUCCACUGCAAGUGCAAGUGAAUGUCGAGAUUCUUCGAGUACCAUAUCAUUGUCUGUUGGAGAACCUAUAAGUCCAUCUCAGUCCUCUGCUGGUGGAUCAUCUAGUUUGAGGGAUGGAAUUAGGGUGGAUGAGGCAAGUGAGCGCAGAUUAAGCCAAGACACUUGUCUAUCAGAGUCGGAGCAGCUUCCAGGAUCAAGGCUUAGGGCAACAUUGGCUGCGGUACCGUAUCCUGCUAUACUUGUUGGAUAUCAAGACGAUUGGCUUAAGACGUCACCUAGUUCUCUUCAGUUCUGGGAGAAGGCACCUUUUGAGCCUUAUGCGAUGCCCAAGCAUAUGACAUAUCACGUUGUCUGCCCAGACAUCAAUGCUCUAACAACAGCUGCAACUGAUUUUUUCCAACAGCUUGGAACUGUUUAUGAGACAUGCAAACUGGGAACUCAUUCGCCUCAAUUUAUGGGAAAUGAGAUGGAGAUAGAUUCUGGCAAGAAUGCAUCUUCUGGUUUUGUUCUGAUUGAUUGCCCCCAGUCAAUGAAGAUAGACAGCAGUAGUGCAUCUAUGCUGGGAUCAAUCAGUGAUUACUUUCUGUCCCUUUCCAAUGGAUGGGAUUUAGAAAGCUAUUUGAAGUCGCUCUCAAAAGUUCUCAGAAAUUUAAAACUUAGUUCAUGCAUGACCAUGAAUCCGAAAGAAGGAAGUACUGGUCCAUGUACGGUGGUAUACGUGGUUUGCCCUUUCCCUGAGCCUCUUGCGGUUCUACAGACGGUGAUUGAAUCUUCUAUUGCUGUUGGAUCUGUGGUUCUUUCUUCAGAUAAAGAGAGGCGGUCUACGCUGCACAAUCAAGUCGGGAAGGCCUUAAGUUACUCAGCAGCUGUGGAUGAGGCACUCUCAAAUGUUUUAACACUUUCUGGGUUUUGUAUUCCUAAACUGGUAUUGCAGAUUGUCACCGUUGAUGCAAUUUUUAGGGUUACAAGCCCUGCUCUGAGUGAGCUUGUCAUACUGAAGGAAAUUGCUUUCACAGUUUAUAACAAAGCCCGCAGAAUAUCUCGAGGGUCCCCCAGUGACAUGGUUCAGUCGUCAUCCAUGCCCGGUAGAUCUCAUCCAGUCCUGAUGCAAAUGAACUCCCCAGUUCCAGGAAUGUGGAAGGACUGUGUUGGUCCUCGAGGCAUAGGAACUUCCCUUCAGAGAGACGCUGACCUUGAUGCAAACCUAAGGCCUGGUAGUUGGGACAACUGGCAAGCAUCAAGAGGGGGAGGUCUUGGAUGUGAGCCAAACAGGAUCGGGGAUUUUUCUUUUCAGGAUGAAAUUCGUUAUUUGUUUGAGCCCCUUUACAUUCUUGCUGAACCAGGUUCAUUGGAUCGUGGACUUUCAUUUCCGAUGUCGGGUAAUCCAAUGACUGAAUCUUCAAAGCUUUUGUUGGAUGAUGGUUCAAGUGGAAGUUUUAUGCAGAGUUCAGCUUCUUCAGGUGGUGGAGACACUGGACUGAACACUCAGUCUGAAACAUCUGUACCAGAUGGUUUUGGAUCUGCACAUCAAAAAUCACUUCCAAGCCUGCAUUGUUGUUAUGGUUGGACUGAAGAUUGGCGCUGGCUGGUGUGUAUAUGGACAGAUUCCAGGGGAGAAUUGCUUGAUAAUCAUAUAUAUCCAUUUGGGGGAAUAAGUAGUAGGCAGGAUACGAAAGGUCUGCAAUCUUUGUUUGUGCAAAUUCUGCAACAAGGAUGUCAGAUACUUCAGUCAUGUCCACCUGAGGCUGCCAUUGCCAAGCCUAGGGAUUUUGUCAUUGCUCGUAUAGGAUGCUUCCUUGAGCUUGAAUGCCAGGAAUGGCAGAAAGCCCUGUAUUCAAUUGGGGGAUCUGAGGUGAAGAAAUGGUCUCUGCAGCUAAGGCGAUCUGUGCCUGAUGGAAUGACUGCAAGUAGUAAUGGGACAUCCUUGCAGCAACAGGAAAUAGGUCUGAUUCAAGAAAGAGCACUUCCUUCCUCCCCUAGUCCAUUGUACAGUUCUCACUCAAAGGCUUCCUCUUUCAUGAAAGGUGGCUUAGGUCAACCAUCCACAAGGAAGCAGUUAAUUGGCGGACAGGGUGUAGUGGACAACUCCAGGGGCUUACUUCAGUUGGUGCAAAGCAUUAGUUUUGUCUCUCUUUCUAUUGACCAUUCCUUACAGCUUAUGAUUCAAGCGGACUCGACAAGUCAUGGGACAAGUCAAAGUAGUGGCAUUAUGAGUCAGCCAGGUUAUCUUGAAGGUUAUACCCCAGUUAAGUCCCUUGGUUCUACGUCCACCUCCUACAUUCUAAUUCCGUCACCCAGUAUGAGAUUCCUACCUCCUGUCAGUCUUCAGCUUCCUACUUGCCUGACUGCUGAAUCACCACCACUCGCCCAUCUUCUCCACAGCAAGGGAUGUGCCAUUCCCCUUUCAACAGGUUUUGUGGUUUCAAAAGCAGUACCUACAAUGAGGAGAGAUGUAAGGAGUAUCUCAAAAGAAGAAUGGCCCUCAGUUCUUUCUGUCAGCCUCGUUGAUUACUAUGGUGGCAGCAACGUCAUCCAUGAAAAGUUUUUGAAGGGUGUUGGUAAGGUUGGGGGAAGGGGUACAGGUUCGGAAACAAGAGAUGUUGAAAUAGCAACUCACUUGAUUCUUGAGAACAUAGCUGCAGAGCUCCAUGCUUUAUCAUGGAUGACUGUAAGUCCGGCAUACUUGGAGAGAAGAUCUGCUUUGCCUUUUCAUUGUGACAUGGUAUUAAGGCUUCGGAGACUGCUUCACUUUGCCGAUAAGGAAGUUUCUCGGCAACCUGUGAAAAGCCAAGUUUAGGAUACGUGUAAAUUGCAGCAUACACACAACUUGUUCAAGCCGUCCAUCUUGUGUCUUUGUUUCGUUAUAGAAACAGACUGUAAACACAAAAUGCAUAUACUAGUUCGCUGGAGGACAUCCUUUCUGAGAAGUGUUACCUUGGGAUAAAUUAGUAGUUGUAGGAUAGUAGAUUUUUAUUUUGUACAUAAUGUCAUGUAAACUAUUACAGGGAUCCAAAGAGUUGAGUACACAAUUCUUUAGUCCUUUUAAAAAUACUAUCAAGUGCUUGAGUCCCUCAUUAUCUUUACAACAUUCCAAGGCACUUGAUGACAGGAUGGUUUUACUAGACAGCAGAUUUGUGACUCUAAAUUCAUUUUUUUUUAUUGCUGAAUAGCAGUGCUUAGUGCAUGGGAAAUGGGAUCUCAAGUUAGGUUCGUUUGGAGAAAUGAUGUGUCAUCUGUACUUUGAAUCCUUGAAAAUGGCAAAGUUUUGCCUUUGUAUUUUCCAUUUAA